CUUGCCUGCUGUCCAGCUGGGGAAGGAACCCUGGAACCCACAUGCCUUCCUAUGUGUAUUGUACAUAGUUAUGUUGUAUUACGUAUUAUUUACUAAGGUACCCAAGGCAAGUGCACCUUGAGUUCAAGUUGAACUUCUCUCGGAACUUUCAAAAAUAUUAUCCAAAACUAAAAACUUGUCUUAUUCAAAUUCACGUUCACGAUAUUGGUUUGGUAAUUACUCCAAUAUCUCGACCGUCUACUUUUAAAUUGAACGACAUGACGGAUGUUUUUAAAACAAAUAGACCUCACCACUGCCCUCAGGCCGUCCUAUCUCCCAGACGAAGUACUCCUCUUUGUCCAGGACAACGUGGGGCUCUAUGAGGGCAAAUACAAACUUCCGAAUCAGCAAAAUGGACAAGUCUAUUUAACAUCACAUCGAAUAUGUUAUGUCGACAAACAGGAGCCUAGAAAACAUUCCGUCGCUCUCGACCUAAAAGAUUUGGAGAGAUAUGAUUUCUACGCAGGAUUCCUUAAAUCCUCGGCGAAGGUGACACUUAUUCCUAAGCCAGCCAAGAAGGGAUCUCUCCAAUCCAGAGCAGCAGCAGCAACCUCGUCCGGUUCUCGUGAUAGUACUGGAUCACCUUUGCCAACAUCCGAUUCCCAAUUUCGAUCGCCCUCCACAGGCACGCCGCAGCCUAGCUCCGCUACAUGGAUCUGUACCAUAUGUAGCUUUCCAAAUCCUCUUCCAUCCAAUUUCGACCCAACGACCGCGAAUGCGCAUACGCCUUUGCCACCAUGCCUAGCGUGCGGUAUCAAGCCAGCCUUAACACAUAUGCUCAAAGCUUCCAUUUCAAGUGUGACUAGUAGACAGGUGGCCUCCAACUCGACGCUCCAGUCGCCGUUUCCGCAACCAUCUGAUGACCUAGGUGGCUUGGAAUCAAAUUCUACAUUACAAGGAGCGAGGACGGAAAUAGCAAAAUCGGAUGGAUUCCAAUGCCCCCGUUGCACUUUCUUGAACCACCCCUCUCUUCUCUCUUGCGAGAUAUGCGGAGCGCCAUUAAUAUCUCACGAUGUCCCUAUGCCGGUAGCAUAUAACCAACAGAGAACAGACUCGCCGGGGCCAACACUCAACCCAGCCAGUGUCACAGGCCUAGAAAAUCCCGAAAGUGUCAAAUUGUCUUUUCGGGGUGGAGGGGAAAAGAUAUUUUAUGAGCGGCUCAAGAGCUCCAUGACCCAACGUAAAUGGCUCCUACGAGAAGCACCCCCUGUUCCUAACGGAGGAAAUGGCAACACGUCUACAGACCCGUCAUCAAGGGCAGGGACAGGUACUACUCGGAACAAGACUGCUGGUAUUGCUGGACUCGAGAAGAUGGGCCUAGAUCGACGUAGGAAUAAUGAGUUGGUCAUUGGGAGUGCUUUUGAGGAUCUGGAGGCCUUGAUGGCAUCUGCCAAACAAAUUGUAGCGCUUGCAGAAUCCUUCGCCCGACAAGUCAACGGUGGUACCGAACAAGCGACUUCUGAAGCGAAUGCCCUGCUCGCCGAGUCUGCCAGUCAGUUGGGUCUCGUGACUACCAAAGAUAUUGUCGGCGGUGGAGGUGGGACCGGAUCGGAGUCGCUUUAUUUAUCCGAACUAUCCAGAAACCUUGCAGAGUUCCUAACAGAUGACGCCAGGGGGGUGCUCAGAAAGGCCGGCGGAAUCAUCAGUCUGGUAGACCUAUGGGCGAUGUUCAAUCGCGCUCGCGGAGGUGUUGAGCUAGUGAGUCCUAAUGACUUUGAAAAGGCUGCGCGUCUAUGGGGUAAGUUGAAACUCCCAGUUCGGCUACGCACGUUCAAGAGCGGCGUCAUGGUUGUCCAAAGUCGUGACCAAACCGAUGAGACUACAAUUAAAGCAUUACUGGCUUGGCUUCGAGACUUGCAUGAUAUUCCACCAGAGAAAGACGUUACUUGGGACUGGCAAGUGUUCGGUCGCGGUGUUACCGCGCAGGACGCUGCCGAACGGUUUGGAUGGAGUAUUGGCGUUGCUGAAGAGGAGCUUGAGAUGGCUGAAGAGAGGGGUGUUCUCUGUCGCGAGGAAGGUAUAGAGGGGCUUAAAUUUUGGGAGAACUUUCUUGACACAGGAGAAUAUCGUAACAAACCGCGACAGGCUACCGAGGCAGAUAGAAUAGUAGAGGCUCUAAAAGGGGCUGGGUUCCUGUAGUAAGGGAUCGAGGCACUGUUUGGUGUCUCAUAGAGCAUCUAUAGGUGCCUUUCUUUGAAUAUACCAUGCCCAUUAGGUACAAAGUCGCCCGCCUUCGUGAAUUUUACCGAUCCCAGCUCUAACCUAUCCUCUUCGUUGGCCCCUUGUUGAA